AUGGUAAAAUCUCACGAUUUGCACUGUGAAGUUCAACUGCUAGAUGAUGAAAGUACCACUGUGGACCUAGACGUAAGAUUUUUAUGUUUUCUUAGGGGGCCUUUCGUGUUUUAAAAUGGCGCUCGAGUCGAGCAAGUCCUGUAACUUCUGUUUAUUUAAGGUUUUAAUUUGUAGUUUACUGUCUGUCGGAUCAAACGGUCUUAAUGAGCCAAAGGUUUUAAUUUCUAAACUUCCCUGUUUAUGAGAAGAUUAGUAGAAGGUCUAUAAUCGAUAAUACUCGGUCAAUUAAUUUUUGGUUUCUCUCGUGAUCAGUCAAUGACUUCAACGUGUUUGUUCCGUCCGUUCCAAAGGGAAAUUCAUUAUUUCAAAAUUUGAUUCUGCAAGCUCAGGAAACCCGCGCAUUGUUAAUAACUUACAUACUUCCUUUCUUUUCUUGUUGAUGUUUUAUAAUUUUGAAGAUGUCUUUACGUCCUUCCAGGUUGUUAUAGGUUUUCUCUAGUCCUCGCUAAGCGAGAAGUUCUCAGACGAAAUGAAUCAGGUUAACGAAUUAAAAAAAGAAAAACAAUUACAUUUUAAGACACUUCAAGAAGCCAUUGUGGCAAUGAUUUAUAAUUUUCUGUGUAUUUGAAACUUUCAUUGCUUGUUAAUACGAAACUUUUACAGUAGAUUUGCAUUAUUUUCCGUCAUUAUAUUGCUGAGGUCUUUACAACUGUUUCACGAAGCUUAUGUUUUUAAACCGUAUUUAUAAAUAUUUUGGUUACCUACAGUGUAUGUAUUGUAUUUUACAAAAUAGCCGCUUGGUAAUCUUUCUUUGUCCGAGGCAGUCGUUUGGAAAUUUAUCUUUUUCGUUCUGAUUGUGAUGAAAGCUGUUGUUUAAUCCUUGACAGGACAAUUACAAGCAUUGUUAACAGAGACGAUCAAUUAAAUAUUUUGGAAACAUUUCCGUACAGCCCUUUUUGUUUGUUAUGUAUGCAGCAAUUAUUUCAUGGUCCUACAGUGAAUAUGAAUUCAUGGAGUUGAAAAAUGUUUACAUAGCAAAUGUAUAUAUGGGGCUGCGCGGAAAUCUUAUCAGUAUACAUGUAUAAAUUUGUGGUUGGAUAGGAGGAAUAUUUAAUGAGUUUAUAAAUAUUGUGCCUUUUUAGAGGAGGAAGUGUAUCGUGAAUUUUGUGUAAUUGUACUUAUAAUCUACUAGGCUGAGAAAAAUCAUGUUGGUCCUUAUUUCACCUUAACCUUUUUCUUUGAAUUGUCAAAGUGACUAGUGAUUAUCUGCAGUUAACUCUAUGACAGUCAUGUGCAAUAGGCAUCUUUCACUAAAAUGGAUACCUAGGGUUGGUCCCUGCCUUUUUGUGAGCCAUAUUCUUUGAUGCUAUACGUACAGUAGGGUGGGCACCUCUCUGACAGGUAGCCUGCGAAAACAGCUGUCUCUUCUUGCUCCUCACCACUAGGGAUGUGACUCUAGGAGGGACGUCUGCACCUCAGCGACAGCAAUUCCUUACUGAUGAUGUAAAAAUCUGUCCAGAAUCUGGUCAGGAGCACUGUUUGGUUGAUCUAGUAGAAAUGUUGUGUGAGCUUCUUGUUUAUGAAUGAGAUACAAAAGACAAAAGGCCACAAAGGUCAAAUGUAACUGUGAUUACAAAACUGUCAGUAUUUGUGGAAUAUAUUCUUCUGAAGAUUAAGAUUGUGAGUUUUACGGCUGGAGCUCGUUCACAGAAGAACACAAAACCUUACCAAAAUUUAUUGAACCCUAUGACUACUGGAUUAGUUAUAAAGUAAAUAAACAUUGGUUUACCUCAUCAGUAUGGAAUUUCUGUUGCUGAGGUGCUGUCUCUCCUGACAAAACGUCCCUAACAGCAAGGAGAAAGGAGAGACAGCUGUUUUCUCAAGCUAUCUGAGAGGCCACUCAGGGUGGAAAGAAAGUCAGUUUUACAGCUUGCCAUGCGGGCAAGCUGUAGCUAGCAUGUACUAGCUCGCAAGUCAUUUCAACUAGCCCCAAAACCCUUUUUGAUUAGUAGGAUUGAUUACAAUCCUUUUGUAAUUUGAAUUCCCUCAAGAAACAGUACUUGCCUGUCGGGCAAGUUAAGAACAAAAAUCAUUCGCCUGAUAGCAAAGUCCACCAGCCCUGGGCUAUCUGACAUGACUUUCUUUGCACUCUGCUACUCCAACUCCAGUCCUAAUGGUGGCAAUCUUAGGGAGACCUUAUGAAAAAGUGUGAAUUGUUUAAAAAAAUGUGAAGUUUACUGAAGGUUACAUUAUUAUGCAUUAAAGAAUAUUGCCACUGUACUUAGUUUCUGCAGUGUAUAAACUGUUGUUAGACUCACAAAAUUAGAUAUUUUGGAGACUCUGCACAAGGUUUCCAUAGCACAUUAUAAGCAUAAUAAUUUGUUACAGUCGAACCCCGCUUUACAGACACCCGCUUAAUACGGACACCUCAUCAUUACAGACAAUUUGCUUUAUCCGUGGGGAAAGAAAGCCUUUACAUUUUCUCUAAAUUCAACCCUUUUAAUGCGGACACCCCGUUAAUACGGACACUUUCUAUGGGCCCUUCAGUGUCCGUAUUAACGGGGUUUGACGGUAUGUGUUUUAUUUUGUCCACAGCACUUUUGAUUUGUGAUGAGAUUUCUUGUGGAAUAUGUCAGCAGUGGAUGUUAUUUGAGAUCAAUUUUUUGAAAUCCCACCAUUGCUUAAUAUCAGAGUUGCUAUUACAGUUUUACUUGUGCCUUCUUAUUUUGUCAAUAUUGUGUCAUUUUUUCGUAGAAAAAUGCAAAGGGGCAAGUUUUGUUUGACAAGAUCUGUGAGAAAAUUGAAUUAGCUGAGAGGGAUUACUUUGGUUUACGUUACAUUGAUGAGAAAGAUGGCCAGGUACAGUAACAGCAGGAAUAACAUUGUAAAAAUAAAUUGGAAGAUACUGUGCAACAUAAAUGUUCAUUAUUGAUUUUUACGAAGUUUGUCAAAAUGUGCAUUGAAAAGGAUCAACCUGACUGCACAGUUUGUGUUACGGUAUUCUUACUGAAUCUUAAUAAUUGUUUUUUACAGUACAAUUGGUUAGAUCCACUUAGGCCCAUCAAGAAACAGUUAAAGCAUGGUAGGUGAACUGUAGCAUAUCCAGGGCUUCUGAUAGGGUGCGGCAAAAAAUGGGAAAUUCUGCGGCAUUUUCAAGGGAAAUUAUGCGGCAAGAAAGGUCUAUUAUGCGGCAAAUUAUGUGAUUUUUUUCUAAAACCAUUCCUAAUGGUUUUCUCAGACCUUUGGUGAACAAAAUUAUAUUUUCCAAGUUUUUCUUGUUGUUGUUAAUGACCCUUUUUUGGUUAUGCCCAGAUAUAGGUGUAUGUUCCUACACUGUAGUUAUCUAGGGUCUUAAAGAAGAAGUUCAUUCCAAAAUGGCUUUUUGUCUUUUUGCCAACAAAAAGGUUAAUACAAAGGAGGGUUACUCACUGAAAUUUCAGCUUCCAAAGACCUUUCCAACCCUAUGAAAUCCUCGUCUCAAAUUCGAGAUCUCACGGCCACCAUCAUUGAGAACUGUUAGGAGCCUGGUGAUGAGUAUGUGACGUCAGUGCACUCAACCUGAGUUUGGCGGGAGGAUUCAUGAAUAAGAUUAAAGCACUCAACACUUCUGCCGGAGCUGCACAAGGAGGCAAAACUCAGGUUGAGCGCUUGGACGUCACUUACUUGUCACCAGGCUGCUAGCAGUUCUCUAAGACGGUGGCAGUCGAAUCUGGAAUUUCAGGCUACUUCAGACAAGGAUUUCAUAGGGUUGAAAAGCUCUUUAGAGGCUGAAAUUUUGGUGAGUAACCUACCUUUGUAUGAUCUUUUAGUUGGUGAAACAAAAAAACUUGCCAUUUUGAAAUGAACUUCUCCUUUAAGGUCUGCUGGUCUUAGGAAUGCUAUAUCAUAUAUGGAAUUGCUGGAGGUUUUAUCAAAUUACCAAGACUCAACCUGGGGCAUUUAGCAUCCUCACAUACAUGUACUUGAUGAACUAAUUCAAAAUUCAACUUUGUUCAAAACUUGUUCACACCAAUGAUGUAGCUUUACAUGUACAAUGCUGUAGAUCAAAACAAAUCCUUUGUUUCUCAACAGAGCCUUAUCAUUUCUACUUUGCUGUCAAGUUUUACCCUCCAAACCCAACAGCACUUGUUGAAGAUAUCACAAGGUACAAAUGUAGCUUUAUUACCAAGACAAAAUAAUUACUUAAUUAACAAUAAUCAUUAAUUUAAAAUUAAUAUACCUGUGUCCUCUAUUUUCAUAAAUUGCAUAUUAUUGUCAGUUAGAAAAAAAAAAACAGAAGAAGGAUGGACACUGAAAAAAAUAAUAUUAAUAUUUUGAUCAAUUUCACUCUGUAAUAAAAAAUUGUAGAAGUAUACUUUAGCAGUGAUUUUGUUACAAUUUGCUAAUAGUGAGUCCUGGGACUCAUCUCAUGUCAUGAAAAAUCAUGAGCCCCAGUUCAAAAUCCAAUGAGGCCUAACUAUAUUGAAAGAUGCCAGAACUCUCAUAAAACCAGACAAUCACACUUAAUCUGUAGUCUACUCUCAAUAGCAAUGCACUUAUCCCUGUAAUACAUCAGGGGCACCCAACAACUGUUUUCUGUAAAAUAUCUGUUUGGAGAGGCAAAUAUUGCCUAGAAUUUUCUGUUACUUGAGGAUGGCUAAAAAUUUUCAUAUGAGUGUUCCAUUAAUGUACAAUAUUCAAAGCUUAUCUAAUAAAUUCCCUAUGAUUUUCUGAAGUUUAAUUUUUCACAUUUUACUCCCCAGGUGAGGCUAUUUUGCGUAGCCAAAAGGAAACCUGAAAAUUAAUUUUGUUCAGAUGAGAGAGGAAUUAGAAAAAUUCUCACUUUUGUAAAACAUUAAUUUUUUGCAUCUAAAAUGUUUGGGAAAGUAAUACUAGAGUCCUAAUAAAAAAUUAUUUUGAACAGACUCAAGUUGCCCUAGGGUGACCGAACAAUACAAAUUUCAUAGUGCCCAUCAAAAAGUACUCUUGAUAGCCUAAAAAGUGUUUUCAGUGUAUAUUGUGGGAGGAAAACCGUUGUUGGGUGCCCCUGAUGUACAUUACAGUGUAUUGAAAUUAAAUAAUUAUUACAGUCUUCUUGACAAAAAAAAAAAUAUUCUUGUUUCUAAUUCUUUUUAAUGUUAACAAUCCCUACAGCUUUAUACAAUCAUUUAGAAUAAAGCCUCUCAGACACAAACCACUGUCUGCCAUCUUGGUUUAGCAACAUGCUUUCCAUGGCAAAGAUAAAAUAAGCACGGCCACUUUUAACAAAAAAAUGCUGCAUGGAAAUAUUUGUGUCUAUUUGUUCAGAAAUUAUUCUUAACCUGUUUAAUGAGUGGACAAAAUUACUCUUUUGUUUGGAGGUAGCUAGAGCUUUCAACACAUAUUUCAUAUCGCGCGCAAAUAGGGCAUUUUUUGAAAACAUUUUUAGAUCCAUCAAUUGUUGUAUCCUAGAGGACACAAGUCAUCAAUUUUUUUUUUUUGUCCUUGAGAAUUUUUAUGUGUCAAGGACGAGGACACAGAAUGCUGCUAGUAUGUAAAAUUUACAGUACACUUUCAGUUUGAGACUAUCUUGCUCUGUGGCUUAUUUUCAUAAUUUCUAAUUAAAAUAAUAUUAUUUGUACAUGUACUGUCAAUGGGUAAUUUUUUUUUAAUAAUGGGUAACAUGUACAUGUAUUUGCUAAAAAGGCCCAAAAAAUUGUCUUUAAUAAUGUUACUAUUAACUUGCAUUCUUUAGGUACCUAAUGGUAUUGCAAUUGAGGGAAGAUCUUCUCAAGGGAAGGUGAGAAAACCAGUUCCGUAUUGAAUAAAAUAAGUACACAUAAGCUGUGUUCGUAAUGGCAACAGUGCUGAGUGGAUUCCAAUUCAGUCUGUAAUCAUAUGAGUGAUUGUAAAAUUGGACGACAGCAUAGUGGGAGUCUGAUUUGUUUAAUGAUGAGUAUGAUUACAGACUGAAGUGGACGAUACAAAGUUCUGUUCUAAGGUGCCAGUAAUAUUAAUCAUAACUUUAACAAAAUUUGUGAUAUAUCAGGGUUGGCACAGUCUUGAAAAGUCCUUAAAUUUCUCUGGUAUUCCAGGCCCUGGAAUAAUUAUUAUUCUACACAAAAUAAUUAAUAAAAUAAAUAAAUAAAUAAAUAAUUAAUUAAUUAGUUAACUGGAUAUUUUAUGUUUCGCAUUCUCAGGUUGCAGUGUUCUGUUCCAAUCCAUGCUCUGCUUGGCUCAUUUGUUGUACAAGGUAGAUUUACCAAUGUCAUUCACUCCCAUGCUGUUGAUGCUAAAAUUCAUUUAAAACACAGGGAGCCUUGUGUUCUAGCAACUUCACUUCUGGCACUGUCGCUAGUUAGAACCAGCAUUUCAACACAUUUUUGUUUUCUUCUUCUUUUACCCACCCUAAACAAUAGCUGAAAUGGGAGACUAUGAACCCGAAGAUCAUGGAGAAGAUGCCCGUUAUCUCUCAGACUUUAAGUUCUGUCCCAAACAGGUAGAUUGUUAAGUUCUGUUCUCGGUAUGUUAAAUAUUUUAUUAACCCAAGUACAUACAAUGUUAGAGUAACAGGAUUAAUGCAAUCAGUAAAUAUUAAUUAAUAUUAUAUAACAUGUAUAGUGUAGUUGCUGAGCCUUCCUCUACUGUAAUGUAUGUGUAAUAAUCUUUAGUAAAGUUAAUUAUUGUGUAGAUGUGAGGUUACAAACAGUACAGUGUGGUUCAGCACACUGGGGCCCUAUAGACAAAUCUUUCUUUUGUAAACAUUCCUUGCCCUAUUUACAUGGCCUUUGCUACAUGUACAUAUAUAAUUAAUUUUAAUAACACAACAUCUCUGAAUAAUGGUAGAGCAUAACCAUGUUACAUAAACCCAAAGUACUGAACAAUUUCAGAGAAAUUCUCGUUUCUAAAAACUCAAUUAUUAAUGUUUUUCACCACCUGGCAAUUUUGCAGUCUUUGAUGGCUGCUAUUUUCUUUGAUGUUGCUUCCAAAAACCUGUUAAGUGCACAAUUUUCUUGAGUUUAAUAGUCAGCUCUUUAAUUUUUAAAGUUUAAUUGUUUACACUGUGAUGCCUUCUAUGGGUUACUUAAUGUACUGAUGAGCAAACAAGUAAUAAUUACUUAACAAUGAUUUGCUUAAUGCAGAGCAUUAGAUUGUACACAGCCAAGUGCAGUUAAAAACUAUAAACAAUGCUGCUCUGUGGCUUUUACUCUGACUGUACAGUACGGCUCAAAAGUAAGUUACCAGUCGCGUCUCAUUUCCUGUGUGACGAGAAUCGCAUAGCACGAGAAUCAUCGAACCAGAAAGCGAAUUUUAAUAUGCAACAGUCUACACAUCGCAGAGGUAAAACUGUGUUCCCGUGUCAGUCACAGUAAAGCUUUACCAUGGCUUGGCGCACGCUACUGGUGUACACGAGCGUAACACCGUGCCGUACGCACGAUUCGCGCUCAAGAAAAGGCACGGUUUUGUGCCAAAGCACGGGAAAAAAACAUGCAAAGGCACAGAUUAGGCACACUUUAGGCACAGUUAAGGCACGUUUUAAAUAUUGCUAAGGCACACUUUAGGCACAGUUUUGGCACGGUUUAGGCACGGUUUGGGCACAAAUAUUCAACGCUGGGCACUUUUUUGAAAAUCUUUGUAACCCGACUUGCAAAAAAGAACAAACUUGGUACGAAUUACAAAAAUAAUUCAGAUCAAACACGAUACAGUUAGAAGUAUAGGAAGUGUAAGUUUUGAGCCGCGCCGAAAGUCUGGAAAAUUAAAGUAUUCUUCGACAGUCCGUAUUUACUCCGAGGAUAAAGUGGAAAUUCACACGCGAUAUAUGCCGGUCUGAACCUUCUUGAUUGCCAUGUAGCCUGCAAAAACAUCCGUUUCUCCUUGGUCUUUGCCACUGGGGACGUUUCGCGCGGAGGAACGUCUGCGACUCAGCGGCAGAAAUUCCAUACUGAUGACAUAAAAUCUGUCCGGAAUCUGGUCAGAAGAGCUGAUUGGUCGAAGGGGUAGUUACAUUGUUUUAGCUAUUGUUUACGAAUGACAGACAAAAGACAAAAGGUCACAAAGGUCAAAUGUAAACGGGAAGAAUCUCGUGUAAAACAGUCAAUAUUUGUGGAAUAUACUCUUCUCUAGAAGAAGCGUUUGAGUUUUUUUUGGACUCGUUGGCAGAUGAACCCAACACUUUACCAAAAUCGACCAGAAGACACGUAAAAUUGGACAAAUUUGUAUUUGGAACCCCAUGACUACCGGAUUUAUUAUGUAAACAUUGAUUUGCGUCAUCAGUAUGGAAUUUCUGCCGCUGAGUCGCAGACGUUCCUCCUCGCGAAACGUCCUCAGCGGCGAAGAGCGAGGAGAAACGGAUGUUUUCGCAGGCUAAUUGCCAUGCAAUUUUAUAGACUUGCUUUCUUUCGUUUCUAAAAGAAAUCGUGAAAGAAAGUCGAAGCCAUAAUAACAAAAACAAAGCUAAAGAAGUGAGGCACAAAAAUAGCCAAUAAAAGUCGUAGAAAAUACUUUUUGCGAUCGCGGUAAAAUUGGCCUGAAUUUGCAUAACAACAUGAGAAGUACAGAGUGGUAAUUUGAAACCUUCAUGCCAACGCGUGUUAUUUUUAAAUACAAAAUGCGGCUGGUUUUUAAAAAUAUUUCUCUAACUAAAAAAGUAGGAUUUACACUGUAGUAAAAUAAUUCAAGCUGCUUGUUUGUUUUUGUUUUCUGGCUCUGUUAGCAAAUUAAGCUUUGAUCGUAUAAUAAUUGAUGAGACGUGCCAUUUAUUUCAUCAAAACUCAUCGGGCGCAAUCAAUUUUUUUUCUUUCAUUUUAUAAGUCAUAUCACAAGUAAAUUCUUUUUUUUGAAUGCAAAUCUGCCCUCCUGAAAAAAACAAAUAUUUCGCUUUCAACUAAACGCCCAUUAAGAAGGGGAGAAGAAACCUACUUGGAAAUUUUUUAACAUCGAUGAAAUUAGCAUAAUAUCAACAAUGUAAUUGCAUGCUGAGCACUUACUUUAAAUACGCUAACCUGUUUAAGAUUCCAUUUUCCUGUUUGUCGGGGCUUUCCCUGCUGUCUCAAACCGUAUUCUGAGUCAUGUUAUUUCUUAUUAUGGGAUAAAAAGGUCGUCAGACCGUGUUUCUAGACUUCAGUAAACCUCAAAACUGACAUAAUUGCCGUGGCGCCCUUUUCGUUCGCUGUGGAGCUCGAUAGGCUGGACACGAUUUUCCGAGUGACUCAAUAUUUUGGCACAACUUGUGCACAGAUUAGGCACAGUUUGGGCACAACUUAGGCACGGCUUAGGCACGUUUUUCAAAACUAAAAUGCACACUUUAUGCACAUCUUAGGCACAUUCUAGGCACAAAAUCUUUAUGCCUAAGCACACUCUAGAAUCCGAUUUUCGAUCCAACGCACGGUUUACAAGUUUUCACAUUAAAAAAAUGCUGUCUAACCUUACAUAUUUGAUCUUAGCGUAAAAAUGGGUUUCCCGAAUUCUUAACAGUUAGUCUAUAAGGAAAAUUUAACUUAUGAGCAUUCCAAAAAUUAUUAUUUCUUCUCUUAACAAUAAUAGAAAGUCAAUGAAAAGCAAUCUUUUAAAUUGACGUCAACGUUCAUACACAGAGAUCGAUGUAGACAGAACAUCUUUCUGAAAACGCCCUAAACUUUGUUGUUUUGCCAUUAUGUUCAGUAAUUUUUAAUACAGUUAGUACUCAUAAGUCACUGACCUCUUCGGAGAAAUUUUUGCAAAGUACCAUUAACAGAAACAGAGAAAUCCCACAAUAUGCGUGGUUAGACUGUAAAUGUUACGCGAGCAGUUAAAAAAUGGUCCCAUUUUGAGCCAUAUUUUUCAUAUUUCAAUUUUAUUUUGGUCUUACAGCCAGGAAAAAAAUAUUCAGUGAAAAGCUGUGUAUAAACUUUAACUUCUUGCCAAAUAUCGAUGCGAUCUGAGUUUUAAUAAGUUCAUAAGAGCCAAACGAUGUGAGAUUCUUAGCUGUGUACACCAGUAGCGUGCGCCAGGCCCCAUCGAUUCUUGAAAUCGCUGAAGAAUUGCGGCCAUGACACAAAGUUAAUGUAUUUACAGUUUGUAGGCCAUCACGCGCUAGGAAAAUUGCGUCCUGUGCUACAGGAAUCGCGUUGCGCGCGACGUGAUUCGCGACUCGCAAGAGGGUGGUAACUUUCUUUUGAGUGGUACUGUAGCUUUGGUACUUACUGUACACUGCUGCUUUGAAAUGUGGUUAUUGAUGUUUUGUUUGUUUGUUUGUUUUUUUUCCAGCCUAAUGAGAUGCUUCAGAAGGUACAUGAGUUUCACAAAAAACACAGGUAAAUUAGCACCUACAGUGUGUAGGUUAAUAAUGUGCAGCUACUGCUUACUCUAAUCGGUAUAGGAAUUAGGGGUGUAACGAUUCAUAUUCCUUGCGGUUCGAUUCAAUUUCGAUUAGUACCUUUCGAUUUCGAUUAUUUCGAUUUGAUUGUGUGAAUGUUUCUUUAUUCUUAUAACAUAACGGGUAAUGUAAACAACAUGCAGCCCUAAAUCCUCAAUUUGAGAAUAGUAGCACGGACAGGAGGAUUCACAGUCGCUUGGUUUGUCGCCAUGGUUGAGAACCUGACAAAGAGCGUGUCACACAUAGUUUGCCUUAUUUGGAAAUUCUCAAGGGGUGGUUGAAGGACAGCAUUUUUACCAGGCAACACAAAAUGGCGCACAAAAUGCUAUCGUCUUUGCUCGUCAAUCAUAAACCCACAAUUUAAAGUGUUCUGGAUUCCGAUUUUACAAUAUAAUAACUCACUAAGGGCACCCUGGAAAAGGUGUGCAGAAAUCAAACCAAAAUCUAAACGUGGAAGCAAAGAAUCGUGAAUCGAACCGAACGAUCAUGAUCAUGAUUAAUCGAGAAUUAGAUUAAUCGUUACACCACUAAUAGAAAUAAUUAUGAGUUCUGUUGAUAGAGCGCUUGACUACAGAGCCCAAUAUCACAAGGCUCGAUUCUCGGGGCCUGACUGAUACUGAGGGCCUUAAAAGAACUGAGAAGUGAGGGAGAAAUGAGGUCAAGUGGGGGAUGAGAUCUUUACAUGGCUUAGCUGAAGCGCAAAAAAUGUGUUGUCUCUGAUUCAGUAGUGGAUGUAAAAUAUUAGUGUCCUCAAUUAGUAUGGUCUCGCUAAAACCUAAAGUAAAUUUUUUUUUGCAUUUUGGUUCACAAUUUCCUUAGGGGAAUGACACCUGAGGAUGCGGAGCUGCAGUAUUUGGACAAUGCAAGGAAGCUUCCACUUUAUGGAGUUGACCUGCACACAGCUGUGGUGUGUACAGUUUUGUUUUGAUACCUUUGGCUACUUGGAAGCUAAAAAAUAUAAUGAGCAGCAGCUGUCAUAAUAAAAACCACCAUCACAAGACGUAUGGUGGAGACCCAACCAUUUUAUUAUAUGUAUAUGAAAGUAUGCCCCCUUUUUUGACUUGAAGUAAAAGAUUUUCUCAGCCUUUUUUUUGCGGUCAGUGUAAAACGCAGACUGCGGACUACAGACUGCAGACCAGGGGUAAAAUGCAGACUGUGUGUAUAAUGCAGACUGCAUGCAGACUGAGAGUAAAACACAGGCUGGGGUAAAAUGCAGACUGAGUAUAAACUGUAGGCGUGGUCUCGUGGAAAGGUUUAAAAAGGGCAAACCCCCCCCCCCAAAAAAAAAUACAUGUAAUCGAACACUACUUGCUUACUUGACGACAUCUCCUUCACAAAUCCAUUCCUUUCUUCUCUGGAAUGUCGUCGAUGACCCAAAAACAUGAUCACAAUCUUGAACCUUUUUUAAACCUCACGCUACAACUUUAGACGCGAAGUUUUCGAUACUGCAUGACCAGGGACCAUGAAUUGGUACAGCACCACAAUGUUUAUGCUUAAGUGAAAGCUGCUGACCCAAAAUACUGUACAGGAAGAAUUAUAGCGAUAAAAAAGGGAGUAAUAAUCAUUCCAACAACAAGGAAAAAUGUUCUAUUGCAAAUCAAGUACGCAGACCAGCUGUUCGGAUGUUCAUUGAAACUUCUGGCGAAUGUGCAAUGCACUUCUUCUAGGAAGCAAAGUGUGUGUAACUGAUACCGGCUAGCUAUUUCACCCAUUUGGAGAAGAAGGAGCACAAUUAAGUGUUUAAAAAAGUCUAGUCUUUAUUCUGCAUUUUGCACCCAGCCUGCGUUUUACUCUCAGUCUGCAGUCUGCAUUUUACACUUACUCUGCAUUUUAGCCCUGGUCCGCAGUCUGCAGUCUGCAGUCCGCAGUCCACAGUCUUCCUUUUACACUGACCUUUUUUUUUGUCUUUUGAGAACCUCCUUGAUGCAGUCGUGUAUGUUGUUGAUACAUUUGACAAACAAGUUGGUUCUGUUUUAAAGCUUUGAAAAGUCCAUGUAGCCAGUUGACGGUAUUUAUUUUCUGGUUACUGGUACACAAAACUGAUCAAAGCACUCUAUGGGUUAUCCAGGUUAUCCACUUAUUCCUGUUGCAUGGAGGAAACUCACUGUUUCAUUUGACUCUGAUUUUGACUUUGUUGUUUGCCUUUUAGGAUGCAGAAGGACAGAAUGUAAUCAUAGGAGUGUCAGCUUGGGGAAUUCAUAUCUUUCACAACAGUCGAUUGAUCAACAAGUUUGUAUGGUAUGUUACUUCACUUUUCGAUAAGAUGUAAACUCUUGAGUAAAAAAUGUAACUGAUGUGUAUGUUUUUCGCUUCUGUAAAUGGCCCUAACAGACUUCUCAGGAAACAUAGGUUUCCUCAGUGGGUUCACAUCUGUAGGUUGUAAUUGGUGGAUCUUGAUCCAUUUUAUUUUGUUUUGUGGCAAUAAUGGUUGGUGGUAGCAAAAAACGCAACUGCUGGUUAAAUUUUUAACUUUUAUUUCAGUUUGCAUGUUAUUGAAAGGCGGAGUUAACCAAAGUAUGAAAAAUAUUAUUCCAGUACGAGAUACAAGUUACCUCCUCAGUUGUUGUUGUUGUUUUUUUGCUGUUUAGUGCACUAAAAAUACUAGCCAUACACUCUGGAAACAAGCAAAGCAUUCAGGAUUCAGUGCUAAGCUAUUAUUUGCUUAGAUUACAUGUAGCAAAUUAAACUUAUAGGCCUGCUAUCACUAUAAUUUAUGUGUUACAGGUCAAUAUUAAUAGGUUUAAAAAAUUUUAAUCUCAAUUUUCUUUAUCCCCUAUCCCUAAUUCGUGAAUAAUCUGGGCUAUGAGACAAAGGAAAUUGAGAAUCAACCUUGGUAAAACAAUUUUAACCUGAAACCUAAAAAUUUUAACUUGAAUUUAAUUAUGCAACACGUGAUGUUCCAACUGUUUUGUUCAAUCAACUGCAGUGUUUAUUUUCUUCAACAGGCCCAAAAUAGUGAAAAUCGCCUUUAAAAAGAAGAAGUUUACAUUGUCAAUCAGGCCAGCAAGUGAGGUUAGAACUCUUAUUUAUAACAGGAUAAGUUGUUCUCAACCCCCUCCCCACGGCACCAACUCUCGCAGUAACGGAAACCUCAUAAAAAUGGCCAAAUAAGGCAUUAUUAUACGUUUCUGGGAAACUAUCCACCUAACCCUCCCCCAAGCCAAUAUUAACACUUACUUCUCACUUAGGGCCAAAUGUUGGCUUAGGGGAGGGGUAGGUGGGCAGUUUCCCAGAAAUGUACAUAAUGAUCCCAGAUGGACUUAGAGUUGAUCCCUGCUAAUCGUCAGUCAUUUUAGGCAGGUAUUUAUUUUUUUCUUCUUUUAUCUAAGUUGGACACUUCUUUGGGACAGAUACUUAGUCUUAAUGGUGAAUUCCUCGGAGAGAGAAACUGUUAAUCUUCAUGAGUCCUCCUCAUUUUGUAACAAGAAAAUAAUUGUUGAACCCAUCCCCCUAUCUUUUACACCCCUGCCCUCCUAACAUUUCCUUCACAAAUUUGUCAAAAUCAUCAGUCUUGUGCUUUUCACUUAUUAUUAAGGCUUUUUGACUGGUGCAGUUUUUGAGUAUGUGUCCUCCUUUCCAGGAAGUCCAGAGUUAAUUUCCAUGUGUGACCUGAAAAUCUUGUUUUAACUUUCUGUGUACAUGUACGUUUAAGUAGCUCUAAAGUAAUGAGUUGAGCAGUGAUGAAGAGAUGCAUGUAAAAUAAGCGCAUUGUAGUCCUCAGGUUUGUAAGUGAAAUGACGCUUUUUUGGUGUUUCUUGGUUUUUCUGAAACCAUUGUCAGUUAGGUAUUGUGUUUUAGUGUGGGUAAUUUUCAACGUCAUUUCAAUUUUUUUUUCGAGCUACUGACUUAGCAAAAGGGCCCUCUAUUCACUUCACCCUUUAUUAAAGCGGCAUCUGAUAGUAUAUGUACAAAAUGUAUCUAAUACUUAUUCCACAGAACGAUUAUUACGGAGGGACAGUACUAAGUUUUAAACUCGCAAGCUUAAGGGCAACAAAAAGACUCUGGAAAGUUGGAGUGGAACACCAUUCAUUCUUCAGACUUUCACAGGCUGAUCUGCCACCCAAAGAUGUUGGAUUCAUCAAACUUGGCUCCAAGUUUAGAUACAGGUUCGAAAAAAGAAUGUUGUUACUGUUGUUGUUGUAAUAAUAAUAAUAAUAAUAAUAAUAAUAAUAAUAAUAAUAACAAUAAUAAUAAUUUUUAUAAUGAAAAAAUUUUAUUGACAACAAAGCUAACUAUUAAAAUCCUAUUUACAAUUAAUUCGCUUGAGAAAAGAAAAACUAUUCAUAAUUAAUAAUAAUAAUAAUAAUAAUAAUCAUUAUUAUUAUUUUUGUUGUUGUUGUUAUUAUUAUUAUUAUUAUUAUUAUUAUUAUUAUUACUAUUUCUUGCUUUGUGUGCUGGCUGAUCUCAUACCGAUUUAUUUGCCAAGAGAGUGAUUCAUAACCCAUGACCACUAAAAGGCCCCUUCGAGUUCACCUCCUUCCUCUAUAACUCUAAAACUUUUCUUAAAAUUCUUGCUGUUCCGGUAGUAAUGUAUUUUUUUGAGUUUGAAAUACCAAUUCUUAUGUCCAACUUUUCCGAAACAAAACAAAACAAAAAUCGAUGACUGAGCUAGUUGUGUCUUUUUUUUUUAUUGAGUUAAAAAAACGUCUUUUGAUAUAGGAGAUUUUUAUACUUAUGUACAACAUGCAGUGUUGGGCCCUAACUUAAGUUAGUCUUGGAGAGAGAGUUACGGUGGCCCAGAAGGGUCACACAUGCAAAUUAAAAAUGUUGCUGCAAAUUAAAAAUUUUACCUGCAAAUUAAAAAUUGUACAUGCAAACUAAAAAUAUUACCUGCAAAUUAAAUAAUUUAUAGUACAUGCAAACUAAAAAUUGUGCUGCAAAUUGAAAAUAGAAAACAUAUCGAUGCAAAUUAAAAAUGAAAAGUCCUGCGCGCGCAGUAUGACUGAUGAGGACCUGGUCCGACCCGUACGACCUGGCCUUACAGCCGUCGGCCCAUUCAUGUUCCAUGUUUGUAAUAUUUUUAGUUUGCAUGUACAAUUUUUAAUUUGCAUGUCCUCUUUUUUAAUUUGCAGCAACAUUUUUAAUUUGCAGGUAAAAUUUUUAGUUUGCAGCAACAUUUUUAAUUUGCAUGUGUGAGCCUUCUGGGCCACCGUAGAGAGUCCUAAGAACCCUAAAAAGCUGUUACACAGCCAUGUUAAUACCUGGUUAAUUGAUUGGUGACCGGCCGUUUCGCCAACGAGUCGUUUCGCCGACCUCCUGUUCGCUGAAGUUUUGGAUUGUUUCGCUUACGUGUUUUAAGUCGUUUCGCUAACGUGUUAUCAGUCGUUUCGUUGACCAGUUUUCACUGAUGGUUUGUCGACAUUGGCUGUGAUUUAAGCUUAGCUAAGCUAAGCCUUUUUUAUCUGUGUGUUUUGUUUUCUUCAGUGGGCGAACUCAACACCAGGCCCGUCACAGCAAGGAGGUGAACCGGGCUCAGCCAGACUUCAAACGAGUGUCAAGCGAGCGAUUUUCGUCGAAAGUUCUUGAAGGUAGGUCUCCAGAACAUAACUAGAAAAAUUCCAGUUUCAUAAUUCGUAGUCCCAGCGAGCUUGAAUAUCUCUCGGUUGCUCACUUGUUUAUGUUGCUGUGUUCAAAACUUAGGUAACCGCAGAUCAGAACCAUUGAAGGCAAUACCUAGAGUAGAAGAAGAGAACGGAGAAGAAAAGAAAGAUGAAGAGAAACCUGUU